AUCAAGAAAAAACUAUAUUGUUUGAUUCCAUUGAAUCCCAAAUUUAUUAAAAUGUAUAAUUUUGAUGCUGAUUUCUCUCUUCUUGAAUCCAUCCAUCAGCAUUUGCUUGGGGAAUUCGACUUUCCGGAUCAAUUUCUCGGCGGCGACGUCGACAACUACUGGCCGCCGGCACCGGCGUCACUUCCCCUUCAUGAUAACUCUUCUUCUUCCUCCUCCUCCUUCUCCGACGACAUGUUCGUUAUGGGUUUCCUAAAUGAUAAUAACAACAAUAACAUUGACGUCGGCUGUUCCUCACCCGUGGUCGUAAAACCUGAGCCGGCUGAUUUCGCCGGAAAUGUAGUAGUGACAAAGGCCUUGGUGCCGGCUGAAUUGCAGGAGAGGCAUUUCAGGGGAGUGAGACAGAGGCCAUGGGGAAAAUUCGCGGCGGAAAUUAGGGAUCCGGCGAAGAAUGGCGCCCGGGUUUGGUUGGGAACUUACGAGACGGCGGAGGAUGCUGCCCUGGCCUACGAUAGGGCAGCGUUUCGCAUGAGAGGAUCCAAGGCUUUGUUAAACUUCCCGCUCCGGAUUAAUUCGGGCGAACCCGAACCCGUUAGAGUUACUUCCAAGAGAUCCGCUUCCUCUUCUUCUUCUUCAUCAGAAACUAUUCCGAAGAGAAGGAAGAAGAAGACGACGACUGUAGCUGCUGGGGCAGAGUUUCCACGUGGCGAUCAUCUAUGGGUUGGAGAGUGGUGACGACUAGAGGAGUUAUUGUGGAGUAGUGUUACACCCAAUCAAUGCUCUUUCCUUGUCAAAAAAACAAAAAAAAAUAUAAGUGUGAAUGAUUAAUACGGAA